CCCCGUGGCGCGGGCGGCCGAGUCUGGAGAGGAAACGGCUAUCGGAGCCGCGCUCCUGCCCGGGCCGGCCCUUACGCGGGCCUUGUCAGCUGGUAACGGGGAGCAGAGGUGGGGGUCAGGAAAGCGACCACGAAAACGGUGAAGGUCAGAGCCGCGAGGCCUUGUCCAGGAAGGGCAGGAGCUGGGAGGAGGCGACAGCGGCAGGAGCAGCGGCGGCGGAGGCGGCGGCAUCUGGGAGGAGGUGGUGACGGUGGCAACGGCAGCGUCGGGGACGAUGGCGCGACUGGUGGCAGUGUGCAGGGACGGGGAGGAGGAGUUCCCCUUCGAGAGGAGGCAGAUUCCCCUCUACAUAGACGACACCCUCACGAUGGUGAUGGAAUUUCCUGACAAUGUGUUAAAUCUCGAUGGGCAUCAAAAUAAUGGUGCACAACUAAAGCAGUUCAUUCAGCGACAUAGUAUGCUUAAGCAACAAGAUUUAAGUAUUGCCAUGGUGGUGACAUCACGUGAAGUCUUGAGUGCGCUUUCUCAGCUCGUCCCAUGUGUUGGUUGUCGUCGCAGUGUGGAGCGCCUCUUCUCCCAGCUUGUAGAGUCUGGAAAUCCUGCCCUUGAACCCCUGACAGUAGGGCCCAAAGGUGUCCUAUCUGUAACUCGAAGCUGCAUGACUGAUGCAAAGAAGCUUUAUACAUUAUUUUAUGUACAUGGGUCCAAACUAAAUGACAUGAUAGAUGCUAUUCCAAAAAGUAAAAAGAACAAGAGAUGUCAGUUGCACUCUUUAGAUACGCACAAACCAAAACCUUUGGGUGAAGGCAGCAGUAACAGUGUCAGUUCAGAGAAGUUAAGUACAAAUAAGAGAAGUAGUGAAGACCACAGGAAGGACAGCAAGUGUAGGAUCAUUUUCCAUUAUGGACCUUUCCAGGGAACAGCCAGAGGCUGUUGGAUGGACGUAUGGGAACUUAUGUCCCAAGAAUGCAGGGAUGAAGUAGUUUUAAUUGACUCUAGUUGUCUUUUAGAAACGCUAGAAACAUAUCUGCGAAAACACCGGUUUUGCACUGAUUGCAAAAAUAAAGUCCUCCGAGCAUACAAUAUCCUUAUUGGUGAACUUGAUUGUAGCAAAGAGAAGGGCUACUGUGCUGCACUCUAUGAAGGCUUGCGGUGCUGUCCACAUGAACGACACAUACAUGUUUGCUGUGAAACAGACUUCAUUGCACAUCUCUUGGGUCGUGCUGAGCCAGAGUUCGCAGGAGGGUAUGAGCGAAGAGAAAGGCAUGCUAAGACAAUAGACAUAGCUCAAGAAGAAGUUCUGACCUGCUUGGGAAUUCAUCUUUACGAAAGACUGCAUCGAAUCUGGCAAAAACUACGAGCAGAAGAGCAGACAUGGCAGAUGCUUUUCUAUCUUGGCGUUGAUGCUUUACGAAAGAGUUUUGAGAUGACUGUGGAAAAAGUACAGGGUAUCAGCCGAUUGGAACAACUUUGUGAAGAAUUUUCUGAGGAGGAACGAGUAAGAGAACUCAAGCAAGAAAAGAAACGCCAAAAACGGAAGAACAGACGAAAAAAUAAAUGUGUUUGUGAUAUUCCUACUCCCUUACAAACAGCAGAUGAAAAGGAAGUAAGCCAAGAGAAGGAAACAGACUUCAUAGAAAACAGCUGCAAAGCCUGUGGUGGUACGGAAGAUGGCAGUAGUUGUGUAGAAGUAAUUGUUACCAACGAGACUACAUCAUGUACCUGUCCUGGCAGUGGCAAUCUUUUGGGGUCUCCUAAAAUAAAGAAAGGCUUAUCUCCACAUUGUAAUGGCAGUGACUGUGGAUAUUCAUCUAGCAUGGAAGGGAGUGAAACAGGUUCUCGGGAAGGUUCAGAUGUUGCCUGCACUGAAGGCAUUUGUAAUCAUGACGAACAUGGUGAUGACUCCUGUGUUCAUCACUGUGAGGACAAAGAAGAUGACGGUGAUAGUUGUGUUGAAUGUUGGGCAAAUGCUGAAGAGAAUACCACCAAAGGAAAAAAUAAAAAGAAGAAAAAGAAAAGCAAGAUGUUGAAAUGUGAUGAACAUAUCCAAAAACUUGGAAGCUGUAUUACAGAUCUAGGCAAUCGAGAGACCUCAGGAAAUACCGUGCACACAGUGUUUCACCGGGACAAGACCAAAGAUGCACAUCCUGAAAGCUGUUACAGCAGCUCUGAAAAGGGUGGGCAGCCACUACCUUGGUUUGAGCAUAGGAAAAACAUACAACAGUUUGCAGAACCUACAGAAAUGUCGUUUGGUCCUGAUUCUGGAAAAGGUGCCAAGAGCUUAGUUGAACUCCUUGAUGAGUCUGAAUGUACUUCAGAUGAGGAAAUCUUUAUCUCACAAGAUGAAAUACAGUCAUUUAUGGCUAAUAACCAGUCUUUCUACAGCAAUAGAGAACAAUACCGACAGCAUCUGAAGGAGAAAUUUAAUAAAUACUGCCGCUUAAAUGAUCACAAGAGGCCCAUUUGUAGUGGCUGGUUGACAACGGCUGGAGUAAAUUAAAUAAAGUAGCCCUGUCUUUCAAUGAAACACUCGAGAUGACUACUGCGCCUUCUCUUUCAAAAAAAAAAACCCUCUUAAUUUAGUGACGGAUGGCAAAAUUUUAUCUUAAAUCAAUGUGAUUCUUUCUUGUUUUGGGAGACGGUGGAGGUAAUCUCAUUAGUUUGUUCUUUCUUCAGGCUUGUGUCUUUAGUUGUGUGGCUGCAUAGGCCUGCCAUAUGAUUUAAGCCAUCUCUUUUCAUUAAAUGUUUCUCUUCCUGUGAGACUUACUAAAGCAACUUAGUGGCAAAAAGUAAUGUUGUACUUAUACUUCUGUACAGAAAUGACAGUGAGCUGAAUAUAUGGUUUUACAAAGUAGACAUCCACUUGCAAAAUGUUUGGAUGUAAUGUUAAAGCGCAAUGUGCAAAAUUUAAAAUAAAGAAUAUUUAUUAAUACGCAUAGUAAAA